AUAUUUGGAUCUGAACAAAGAAGAUGCAUAAGUUGUUACACUUGAGCUAAAAGGAGUUCAGCCUCCUGUACCAAAAAUCAAGAUCUCCAAUUCGCCUUAGAAAACGAAAUUCAGCUGACACACAAACAAUUGUAGUUGAUGGUGGUUCUUCCAAUGAGGGCAAAUUAAGCCUUCAAAUAUCUGUGCCUGAAGGUUAUCAUUUCUCAAAGGUUUUACCUUCUUUGAGAGAGAAACAUGGUGAAUUCAUGCUCAGAGAGCUUGUGGUUGGCUUGCAGGAACAGGUUUUUGUUAGAAAAGUGAUUGAGUUGCAUGACAAGUACAUGACUUAUGUAAAUGACUGUUUUAUGAACCACACCCUAUUUCAUAAGGCGCUUAAAGAAGCAUUUGAAGUAUUCUGCAACAAGGGCGUUUCCGGAAGUUCAAGUGCAGAAUUAUUGGCCACAUUUUGUGAUAAUAUUCUUAAAAAAGGUGGAAGUGAGAAAUUAAGCGAUGAAGCCAUUGAAGACACACUUGAGAAGGCAUUUAAGCUGCUUGCUUACAUCAUCGAUAAAGAUCUGUUUGCUGAAUUCUAUAGGAAAAAACUUGCUCGGAGGUUGCUAUUUGACAAAAGUGCCAAUGGUGGCCAGUUUACUUCAAAGAUGGAGGGAGUGGUAACAGAUUUAACAUUAGCUAAAGAAAACCAAUCCCAUUUUGAAGAUCUCAACCAAGUAACCCAUGCAUCAAAUUUCAUAAUUGGAUUAAGAACGACUUCUUCUCAUAUUGGUGAUGCUGGACCAGAUGGCGCCACUGGUGGACGACAGCUGGCGGGUGAAAUUCGAGAGGGUGGGAGAAAACAGGUUCUCUCGGCUGCAAGGAGUAUGGAUGCUGCAGGAGAUUGUGAUGAAGCUGCUAACAGCUCUAUGUUUCCCUUACGUGUUGGUACGAGAGAUUUUACCCAUGGAUUGACCAAGUUGCCCCUACAUUAG